AUCCAUGCCUUCAUUGACAAAGCAACUCACAAUGGCUUCUUCUUCCACAUUGUUUUGCCUUUCUGCCCUCCUUGUGCUGGCCUCAUGGCAGGCCACUGCCUACGAUCCUAGCCCUCUUCAAGACUUCUGCAUCGCCGACAUGAAGGCGCCUGUGCGAGUCAAUGGAUUUGCUUGCAAGGACCCAAUGGCCGCAACCCCGGAAGACUUCUUCAACGCAGCCAUGCUCGAUCAGCCUAGGGAUACCAAGGCCAGCAAGGUCAGGUCCAACGUCACCAACAUCAAUGUCAUCAAUUUUCCUGGCCUCAACACCCUCGGCAUCUCCCUGGCACGCAUCGACUAUGGGCCAUUAGGUGUCAACACGCCGCACAUACACCCCCGUGCCACCGAGCUCCUCACGGUGCUUGAGGGGACACUCUACCUUGGAUUUGUCACAUCCAACCCAAACAGGCUCUUCUCCAAGAUAGUUAAGAAGGGUGAUGUAUUCGUAUUCCCAAAAGCAAUGAUUCACUUCCAAAUGAACCUGGCGCAUGACAAGCCAGCAGCCGCCUUGUCCUCGCUCAGCAGCCAAAACCCUGGGGUUAUUUCUAUCGCCAAUGCAGUCUUUGGAUCAAAGCCACCAAUUUCAGAUGAUGUUCUAGCCACGGCGUUUCAGGUGGAGAAGGAUCUGAUUCACUGGCUUCAAUCUCAGUUCUGGGAGAAUAACAACUACUAGAUACUCUCUUUCAUCUGGGCAUAUGGAAAGUUCAUAUGUAAUGCUAGUAUAUAGAAUAAAUGGCAUGUAGUAAUACGUAUGCAUGCAUGGUUGUGAGCUGUGAAUUUUCAUUUUCCUUUUGAAGCGUGACAUGAUAUGUUUCUUGUCGGAUUCAUGUCAGAAUGUGUUGGUGAUGAUUGUUUUCACUGUUUAAUGAAUGGAAUACAGAGGUGCUCCUUUGCCUUGUUGCUGA